CUCACCCUAAACACACCAUACCAAAACAGCUAUUAGGGUCACUUGGGAGGAGGAGAGUGUACAUAAAGAGCUGAAACAGUGAGAAACAGAGAGUCAAUCAAAGAAAAAAUGGAUUCCGGGUCGAAAUUGGCGAUGGCAGCUUUUCUGCUUCUGGCUAUGUUGAGCUUCGGUGUUGACGCAAGACUUCCAGUGAAGAGCAUUGUUAGGGGACCUGACUGCGUCGGCAAAUCAGAAGAUAAAGUAUACAACACCAGAGUGGGACGUCUCGUCGACAUUCUGGUGGACGAGACCAAAAAUGUGAAAAAGGAGAAUUACAACGAUUAUAGUUACGUUCACAGCUAUCCCAACCGUGAUGCUGGCUCGGUCAUUGGCGGCGCCACUUGCGACAGGCAGCUCUGGAAACUAGAUUGUUGGUCAUGUCUGGUCACUGCCAAGAACAAACUAAAAGACAAUUGCGGCCACACCCAUGACGCUAGGAUCGAACUCGCGGAUUGCUCUAUUUGGUACAAAAUGAUUAAUUGACUUCACUCUGUAUUAUAUGUAUGUAAAUGUGCACCUCUACCUCCUCUUGUUCUUCAAACUGAUCCUGUAGCUUUUUAUUUUUCCUCGUAUUUUCCUCAUAUCUUUUCUUUUAUUGUUGUUGUUACUGGUCGUGUUUAGGGUCUAUCGUCGGUUGUUGUCCGCUUCCAAUAAGGUUUCAUGUGGAAC